GGGGUGUGUGUGCGUGUUGGGGGGCGGAGGGAGCGACGGCACCGCUCAGGCUCCCGGAACUCGGGGCGAGCCCGAAUCCAAAGGGAAAAACUCGGCCGGGAAAGUCUCUGCAGCUGGAGAGACGGAUCCGGUGCGGGUACCGGUCCUGCCGCCGGGAGUGGAGACACGCGUCGCCGAGACCCGCGAUUUUCGGGGUCGCUCGCCGCGAGCCCCGCCUUCCUCUGCCUGCACAGCUUGCUCUUCAGCAUCGUGCCCCUUCACGGCGUUGAUCUUGUCAAGUUGUUGACUUCCUUGGUGAACCUGUCCGCACAGGACUGUCUGCGUGGAGGCAGGGGUGCCCAGAGGCACCAUCCUGCCACAUCUCUGCCCUUUUCGAGCUGUCUCAGGAGGUGAACCUCAAGGCAGGAAGCCUGAAUCAGCGUCUCAUCUGACAACUGUCAGCUGCUGCUGCUAGCCUACCCUCACUUGGCCCUGUCACUGCACCACCUCUCAGAAGGGGCAGCAGGAUGAAGGAGGGUAUGUCCAACAACAGCACCACAAGCAUCUCCCAAGCCAGGAAGGCUGUGGAGCAGCUGAAGAUGGAAGCAUGUAUGGACAGGGUGAAGGUCUCCCAGGCAGCCGCGGACCUCCUGGCGUACUGCGAAGCGCAUAUGCGGGAAGACCCUCUCAUCAUACCAGUGCCUGCGUCAGAAAACCCCUUCCGCGAGAAGAAGUUCUUCUGUACCAUCCUCUGACACCCUCAUCCACCGGAACGCCUCCUCUUCUGUCGGUAGAAUCCCUGGUAGCGACUGCGCAUGCUCCCUGCUCCCAGCAGCAGCCCUGGUCCCCUCCCUCCCGGCCCCAUCCCCAAGACUGCUGGUGCUGGGCUCCCCCCCUUCCCCGUCUUCUGAGUUUUCCUCAUGGCGUUUGAUUUCACUUUAUCUUCUUUCGUGUUAUUUUCAUUCGUAGAAGAAAAAAAAUAAACAUCUUUGUAGUCGGAUAACAAAUGUGCCAAGUAACCCUACGUAUGGAUUUAAGGGCUUGUAAGGUUUAAAUAUCAACCCCCACCUCCACAGGGAGAUUUCAAAGCAUCUGAGUUACGUUUCAAUGGAGAAGUCAUCAAAAAUAUAACUCGCACCUAGGAAUUCCCCUGUUCACAAUAAUUCCAUGUCAGUUGAGAAAAUUCCAAGCGAUUGAAAUGUUGGUGUCAAGUUUUCAGGGCUCUUUUUGGAGAAAGUUCUGGAAGUCCGCUGAUUUCCUGCUUUUCCAGCAUCCUUUUUUUUAGAAAGGAAAGUACAAACAAAAUCCAAGCCUGGUGUGCUUGCUGUCGGAAUUCCUGGGAGUCGGGGGUCCCAUGGUUCAGACCUUGAUGGAGCACCCAGACCCAUUUUCCAUGGGUUGCCAGUGACCCCUUUGGAGGCUUGGACCAUGCGGGUGCGGGUGGAUAGUGUAAAAGACUGGUCCUCAGUCACGGUGACAGCUGCUCUCCUGCACCCUCGCUGCUCCCAGACCCCCCUGUGCCUGCUCCCUCCUGCUGGCUCUUCAGCCUUGGCAGUUCCCUGAGUUGCCGGCUACUGGGUGGGGGGGAGGGAGAGGCAGGAAGAGGGGGCUUGUGGGGUGUUGCUGCUGCUCCAGAGGAGUAAGUCAGAAGAGUCCUCUCACUUUGUGCCAUCACAGCUCUGAACAUUAAUCUGUGUUUGCUUAACCCUCCAAAGUUAAAUUAGUGCCAGUGUAUGGCCUAAAGAGAGGGAAACUGAGGCCUGGCCUCUUCUGUGAGUGUGUUACCCAAAGACUGGAAUGAGUAAGUAGGAAAGCUGGGACGUGAGUACAGGCAAGCUGACCCCCCCAGCCCUCUCUGAACCCCAAGAUUACCUGUUUAUAGUUAACAGGUACAGUGAGCCCGUGUGCCCAGUCAUCAGGGCUGGGGCCCUGUGAGCACAUUUCCCUUCUGCACCAGCACAGGGCAUGAUGGGCCCAUAUUGUUUCAGCUUCUGGUAGAAGGUGCUAGAAAGAUGUCUCCUCAGAAGGCUAGCUAGCUCUAGCUUUUCUAAACACAUGUGCAGGCCCCAUCUAAAACCAACACAUACCACCCAGGCUGGAAGAAGCAGAAUAAAUCAUGGGGGGGGGGGGGGACCCUUUGUCUAAGUUUCUUCUGUUUAUUUGGAGACAGCCCCUCCCCAGGCCUCUGCCAGGAGCUUGCUGGGUAAUAUAGGGCAAGCCUUUGUGUGCUUGAAAUGCUCAAACCUGCAAAUUGGGGGUGAUGGUAAUUACUCCUGCCUUUCUGUCUAGGAGGACAGAGCGAGGCCCUGCCAUGAUGAAAGCUCUGAUUACCAUUAAAACAAAUAAAUGCACUAAAUGCCACAGGAGACUAUAGGGAGGAAUUCUGACUUCAAAGAUAACAUGGUUCAUUUGGAGGGAUAAUGUAAAAUGGCUUCGAAGGAGGCAAACAGAACUUUCAGGUCAAUUAAUGACUUGCUUCCCUUGUGAGUGCUUUUAGUGCAUUUUUUAUUCUUUGCUCCUUUUGUUGGGACACAACCUUGGUUUCAUUAAUGCACCGACAAUAGCAGGGUUGUUAGGAAGCUGUGCACUUGAGCUACAGCAGAAUCUGUGCUGUGUGCGAUCAUCACACUUCAGAACUUUCUCCCUUUGGUUUGAUGACCAGGUUCUCUUUAUUCUGCUGUCUGUGUCAACACCAUUAGCCUGGCAGAGUACAAUCCAUGAAAGUACAGAACGGGAGCUGAGAAAGUGGGGCAGCCCAGAGAACAGCAAAAUCAGGGCAAGAAAAAUAUAUUCCUUGGGGCCGGAGCAAUAGUACAGCGAGUAGGGCAUUUGCCUUGCACUCAGACGACCCGGGUUCAAUUCCUGGCAUCCCCGAUGGUCCCCCAAGCAUCACCAGGAGUAAUUCCUGAGAGCAGAGCCAGGAGUAACCCCUGAACAUUGCCAAGAGUGACCCAAAAAGAAAAAAUAUAUAUCCCUCCUGCCUUCUGUCAAACUUUGCCCCCUCGGGUUUAGCUUUCCCUACUCCUCCCUAUUCAGCCUGGCCUUUUUCCCUCCUUUGUCUCGUCCGUCACCUCUCCCAUUCCUUACAGCCCUCCAUGACAUGCGUUUUGGUCCAUUCCUGCACCUCUUCGUCCCCAACCUAGGGCGUGUGGUGAGUUCUCCCUUCUGAUGGUAGUUGGGAUUGGUAAUCCCACUGCCCUCUGUUGCAAGGCCAAGCCUGCACACAUGCGCUGAGGUGUGCUGACAUGUGACCGAGGCCCCACCCCCUCCUUGCUGUCACCCAAGCUGCAUGGAAUGGAGUGUCCAGUUGUCAUUUUGUGUUUCCAGUACCUGACCCUCUCCCCUAAGGUGGCUCUCACCCCUUCCAUAUCCAUCCAAUGGGAUGUAGUGCCCCUCCCUUCAUGGAUGCUGACAUGGGGAAGCCUUCCCUGUUUUCCUGGGCACGUCCCUCUCCUGGGCGGUUAAUGGGGGUGCAGAGGAGCAGUGUGCAAGGGAAGCGUGUAGGACUGGCAGGGAUGGUGUGUCCACCUUAAGGUCCCUGGAUGGCAAAUCAUGAGCAGACGUUUCUUCUCUGCUCCUCUUCUUGGCCACUCUGAACUGUAUUGCCCCCCACCCAGCCCCCCAUCCAGCUCCCUAAAC